CCUGCAGACUCAAAAAGAAGAAGAAAACAAAGCGUGGUUAAACUGGGAAAAAUUUCGAAACAUUUUUUGUUUAAUAUUUAAAGUAAAAAUUAAUAACAUUUGCCAUGGAUGAAGCUGACUUUGACAAUGAUGACGUGGGCGGUGAUGAUUUUGAUGAUGUUGAUGAAGACGUGGAUGAGGACAUCAAUCAGGAGGAGGAGGUGGACAACAUCGAAAUCAUAACACCCGGAGGAACUGCACCAGGCGGAGGGGUACCUAAAUCGAAGCGGAUUACGACAAAAUACAUGACAAAGUACGAGCGAGCCCGCGUUCUUGGUACUAGGGCUCUACAAAUCGCGAUGUGUGCACCAAUAAUGGUAGAAUUGGAUGGUGAAACAGAUCCCUUGCAAAUUGCAAUGAAAGAACUAAAGCAAAAGAAAAUUCCAAUUAUUAUACGUAGGUUUUUGCCAGAUCACUCCUAUGAGGAUUGGAGCAUAGAUGAACUGAUUAUGGUGGAUAACUAGUAGAGAAUGUAAACGCAAGAACUUAGCUAUUUAAAUUCAUAUUUUUAUUAAAAUUACAAAUAAGGUGCCCAAAA